AUGGAGGAUUACAAGAAUACCUACAACGCCAACACAGUGACUGCAAACAAGGUUAUUCAGAAUGUCGGUGCCAUGUUCCAAGCAGAAAAAGUGUUUGUUGAACUUCGCACGACGUUUCUGUCUGAUCAUGAAGCAUUCCAGACUUCUAUCGCUGCGAAAAUCACAAAGCUUCAGGAGGAACUGGCGACAGAAAACAAGAUAAUGGAUGCUCUCGCCAUCAAGGAGGAAAAGUGUCACUGGGCCGAUCGAGACCGAAAGCUUCCCCAUGACUGGAUGGUGAUAUAUAAUAUUCUGUUUAGAGAGAAAGAGAAGUACGAACAUGCGGUGUCCCAUCUUCAACUUUUGAUCAAGUCAUAUAUUCAGGAAGUUGGAAUGAUGGAUGUGGAUCUUGCCACUGUUUUGAGGCAGAAACGAAGUGUUGUUCCAAAGGAAGCUCCGAAAGACUUGGAGAAGCUCAAGCCAGGAAAAAUUUACAAAGAAUGA